CCACGUCGACCUGCACUCUCGCCAUAUUUUCAACCGUGUGCAUCCCGCCGCCCCGGUUUGCCACCAAGCUCAGCAGGAGAGACACAUCCACUAACGGGACAGCAUCUACACUCACAGGAAGAAAGGGACCUCCACGUUAGCCUGCCAUCUCUCUCUCUCUCUCUCUCUGUGUGUGUGAGAGUGUGUAUGUGUGUGUGUUCACUCACUCUGCGACAAUGAACGUCUUCAGACUGACAGGGGACCUCUCUCAUCUGGCUGCUAUCAUCAUCCUGCUGCUCAAAAUAUGGAAAAGCAGGUCCUGUGCAGGUAUCUCUGGAAAAAGCCAAAUCCUGUUUGCCAUAGUGUUCACCACACGCUACCUGGAUCUGCUCUCCUCCUUCAUCUCCUUCUAUAACACAUGCAUGAAGGUGAUCUACAUCGGUUGUGCGUAUGCCACAGUCUACCUGAUCUACGCCAAGUUCAGGGCCACCUACGACGGCAACCAUGACAGUUUCAGAGUGGAGUUCCUGGUUGUUCCUGUUGGUGGUCUCGCUGUUCUCAUCAACCACGACUUCUCUUUCCUAGAGAUCCUGUGGACGUUCUCCAUCUACCUGGAGUCGGUGGCAAUCCUGCCUCAACUCUUCAUGAUCAGCAAGACUGGCGAGGCGGAGACGAUCACCACCCACUACCUGUUCUGCCUGGGCCUGUAUCGGGCCCUCUAUCUCUUCAACUGGAUCUGGCGUUUCUACUUUGAAGGCUUCUUUGACAUGAUCGCCAUUGUGGCCGGUGUGGUCCAGACUGUCCUCUACUGUGACUUCUUCUACCUUUAUGUCACCAAAGUGUUGAAAGGCAAGAAGCUGAGCCUGCCGGCAUAAAAGGAGCAGGAGACGGCGACUCCCAGCAGACUCAGGGGGUGUGGAGAUGACUUCUUGGAAUCUCUUGACCUACAGCAACCGAUGCCUGAGACAGAGAGCCAACUAUCGGGGAAAAACACUAGUCUUCUUGAUGAUUGCUGAUAGAACUGGUAAAUGCCAACAGACACCAGAGCUGAACAAAGAUCAUCCCAGAUCAACCUUUGGAUUUCUGUGUUCAGCAUCUUGCCUUAAACUUCUUUUCAUUGCUGUUCAAAUAGGAGAAAAGGCUUUUUUUUUUUCUACAUGUGAGGUGUAUACGCUUAUUUUUUUAUUUUUUUAUAAUGUCACAAAUAGGGUCGACUCUGAGAAGUACCUUGUUUGGCUCGGUAAUGAAAUGCACAAAUGUACAGUCUUAUUAAAGAGUGAGAUAAAGAGUAAUGUAUCUCAGUGCCUCAUGAGGAUUAUGUCCGGUUUUUCACAGUAUUUUCUUCUUUUUGUCUAGUUAACCGUAUGCAUAUGUUGUAAUACAUGUACUCAUUCUUAGAGACAUUUAAGGACGCCAACAAGAAGAUUUUCACGCCAACAUUUUCUAAAAACUUUGCUUUCUAGAAUUGCUCAAAACAACAUUUUAACAGGUUACUCUCAUUUAAAAAAUCUGAACUCUUUUGUUAGCAGCAAAUAUUUGUAGUUUCAUCUUAAUAUUAAGAUGUAAUCCAUGAAUAAAUUACUUUAAUGCCAGCAGUCUUUUUGUCAUAGACGUCAGUAUUUUCAAAUGGUGUCUAUCUCAUUUGGAAUUAAACUUUCAAUGUGUUUAUUGAUUUUUUUAUUUUUUUAUUUUAUUCCUCUGCUUACUGUGUUGAAGAACCUAAAAUGCAUAAAUUGUUCUACAGCUUUAAUAUAGAUUUCAUACAAUCUUAAAACUACACUACAUCACAUUUUGGAUGUAGAUGGAGCACAAACUGCACCCCAGUAAUAAACUCAUGAACACCUCCCAGCAGUGACGUGUCAGUUAUCUCAAUAUUGAAAUCAAUACAGAGUAAAGCAAUAACGAAUGACUGAAUGACGAUCACAGUUCCCAUAGCGGGAGCGAGGAGUGCGCAGAUAUUUGGAGUCAGAAUCCUUUUGCGCUUUGGCUGGUUGUGAUAUUUCAAUUAACUGUCUGAGUGUGAAGAAUUCAACAGAUUUGACAUUGUGCUGCUCAGUGAUUGAGUAGAGGUGAUCAUGAUGUUCGAUGGGUGCAUUUCUAUUACAUUUAAAGCCCUAUUGUUAACUGCAACUUUUUUCCAAAUUAGUCAUUCAUAAAGGAUUAUUUCAACUAUCUUUUUUUGUUUGUUUUUUUGCAUGGUAUCACCUCCAUUAAAGAUUUUAUGAGAAUCA